UAUCUAUCUAUUUCAUUUUAAGUGUACACUUAUUUAGAGAGUUCAGGAACAGAAAACAAACGGAAACGGAUAGAAAACAAGACUAUUGACUAAAUAAUUGGAUUGUCGAUAUUUUGAAAUAAGAUGUUUUAUUAAGGUUAAAUAUUAUCUAUUUCCCAUUGCUCUAUUACAGAAAGUUAAAUAUUGUUAAUUUUGUGUUCUAUUUUAUGUGAGUUAAACUCAACAUGUGGUGCCUUAAAGGACGCGAAGGCCUUUGCGUUUAUAUUUUACCAGAUCAGAGAAAAUCAUUUGGUAAAUCAAAGAGUGACAUUAAGCUGGAAGGAGAUGCAACCGUCAGUAGACUUCAUGCAAUAGUUUCUGUAGAGCCAACAGAGGAAUUAGAGACGCAAUAUAAAUGUGUUAUUACCGAUGUAUCUAAAUAUGGAACAUUUAUUAUAAGAGAUAAGGAGAAGACGAAAUUGUCUGCUAAUAAUAAAUUUAUUUUGAAAGCUGGUGACACAGUGCAGUUUGGUCUAAAGGAGUCUACCUUUGCAGUAUUAUGUCACUUAUUUAUAAUUACGAGCUCUAGUUUGAACGAAGAAGAUACCAAGAAAUUGAAGAAUGUUAUAUGUCAUUUAAAAGUAAAAUUUUCUGAGACUUGGAAGAAUUUUUGCACACACUUGACAGUGGCUAAAACUACAUUAUUUACCACAAAAUUAGCUUGUGCAUUAGCGUCUGCCAAACCUAUAGUUACAAAAGCAUAUUGGGAGGCGGUAAAUAUAGCCGUUGAAGAAUCUAAAGAAUUACCAAAAAUUGAAGAUUAUCUGCCAAAAGUAAAGGAAGAAUGGUUGAAAGUUUGCUCGAAACAGUUUCUACCGAAUGAAAAACGUAGAACGCUGUUCAAAGAUUUAUCGUUUGUGCACUUUUGCGCGAAGCAAUAUUUUGCAUAUGCACCAUUGAUUACCGCAGCAGGUGGCAAAUCGUGUGUGUAUCCCACGAAAAGACCUUUGACUCCCCGAGAUCUCACUGCAAAAAAUGCCAUCGUUAUACAACAGCCCACAAAUGAUUCUUUGCAAUUUACUCAAGCUAUUACAGCUGAUUAUCCAAUUAUCUAUCGCAAACUACAAGCUGUCAAGCGUAGAAUGGUUUCCGACACUGAAAUUCCACUCGCGAUUUUAUAUUGUACCACGGAAAUGUAUUGUAACCCGAAAUAUGAUUUUGCCACGUUCUUUAAAUCGAAAACUCCAACAUUUCUUCCCUCUGACUCAAUAAUCGAGAAUACGCAGGAUAUCAAUAAUAUCGAUAUGCGACAAAUUAAGAGAAAAAUAAUUCCCGAAACUUGUGAGCAAAAUGAUGAGAAUGUUACGAAAAACAUUUGCCCUCUUGACGAGAAAAAAAAGAAACGUACAUCUGAUUUCAAUGAGAGCAGUGUGACACUGGAUGCUGAUAAUGGUGAAUUCGAAAACAAAAUAAUUCCCGAAACUUGCGAUUCGCAAACUGGUAAAAUUUCGACGAGCUCGUGCCUUUUUCACAAGAACGAACGCAAGAACAUACCUAGCACUAGCGAGAAUGAUAUCGUAACAAAAAGCAUGCGAGAUGAUGAUAAUGAAGGAACUAAACAGAAAAUAAUUGAACACAAAACUUGCGAUUCUCAGAAUAAUCGGAACAUGUCAACAAGGACUCUUUGUGCUAACGAGAAUAAACGAAGAUAUGUUUCCGAUAGAAGUAUUCCUGCAAAAACUCAAAAUAUUAGAAGUAUUAUACAAGAUUUUUCUAACGAGAACAAUCCCGAUUGUAGCAAGAGUAGUGUUGCAAAUGAAAUUUUACCUAGUAACGUCAAUAAAUUGCAAAUUAUUCCCGACAGCUCCGAUUCCUUAAAAAAGAAUAUAAGCAAUAUGUUUUCCAUCGAGAGCAAUAAUAAACGAGUUCAAAUUUUUGACACUUGCGAAUUUGAGGAACUUAUUGUAGACAAUGUUGCUGCGGAAAAAGAGCGACGAAAUAUCAAAUUUCAAAACAAAGACAUUUUUCACAAAAAUGCAGCUGUUACAGAAAGUAAUAAAAAGAAAUAUAUGUUGCAAGAAAAUAAAUGUGGAUUUCAAAAGCAAAAAUUGAUUCUUAAUGAAGAAAAUAGUACAAUUUUUGAAGAAAAUUUGAACAGAAGAGAAAAUUUAAAUGUUGAAAAAGAUAAUUUAAUCAGUAACAAUGAUAAAUUUACGACUGCAGGAUGGGAAAGUUCCAAAAAUAUGAAAACUCCGUUAAUGGUAUCCACAAAAGAAAUUAAUGAUGACGACGUUUAUAUAAAAGAAAAAGAGAAAAAUCUAUUUGGAGAAAAUUAUUCCAAAGUUGAAUUACAAAAUUUAUUGAAAGAGCAAGAGUCGAGUUCAAUUUACAAUUCUGAGAAAACUAGAGAAGAUGAAAGAGUGAAAGAGGAUAAAGUACAAAUGAAAGAUAUUAAAAGAAAACAUCCUCGAGAAACAGGAGAUAAUUGGUGCGAAAGAUAUACAAAUCAAAAAUUUACGGAUAAAAUAUUGCGGAAAGAUGAACCUUGUGGAAAAAAAUUUUUAAAGAUGUCUGUUAAGAAACCAGAGAGAACAUUAAAAGCGGACGACUUUGUUUUGUGAUUUACAAUUUUUUAUAAAAAAAAAGAAUGUAACAUAGAAUAUUUAAAAUGUGAUAUACAUUGUGAAUAAAAAUGUGAAUAUUAAAAAUUAAAA